AUGCGAUCCCCUUUGCGACCGAGAAACCUCGGAUUGCUUGCAUUUGUUGGUGUUUGCACUAUCGUCUUCUUCACCCUUCGGCGAGGCUUGGAAUUUGGUUCGACUGAGAACAGUCCGUUAGUCGAAGGAAUCUUACUGUCGGAAUCCGAGUUCGAUACCGCUGCUGAUGAUAAUGCGAUGGUCCAAAUCCCACCCGAACAACCUCGCUCCUCNCCACCCGAACAACCUCGCUCCUCGAUGGAUCAGUGCUAUCAAGUCACUCCGUUGACUUGUGUGUUUGAUAGCAAGGCCAGUCCCGGUUGCUAUCUAAUCAAUAAUGUCGAACCGGUUGUUCCUCUUGGUCUGAUAAGAACUCAGUACGAGGUAAGUGGUCGUGCAUCGUCAGGUGAUUGUUUUCGAUUGACGCCGAUAAUACAGGUACUUAAUUAUUUUUAA